CGGCGGGUGCAGCCCCGCUCGGGUCUGACGCUCUGCGCCCGCCCGCGCCUCCGCCCCCUGCAGCCGCUUCCCGGCCCCGGCCACGCUCCGCGCUGCCGCCGCGCGGCCUCCCCGGUGAUGGGGGCGUCCGAGCCCCCCAACUUCUCGUGGGUGGCGGAGGGGCGGCUGGCAGGCCUGGCCAUGCCACGGCAGCCGGGGCACUACCGGUUCCUGCUGGGCCAGGGCGUGCGGCACCUGGUGUCGCUGUCAGAGCGGGCGCCCCCGCACCACGGCUGCUGUCCUGACAUCCAGCUCCACCGGCUCCGUGUGCCCGACUUCAGCCCCCCGACGCCCAGGCAGAUCCAGAGCUUCCUGCAGCUGGUGGAGGAGGCCAAUGCCUGCGGUGAGGCUGUGGCAGUGCACUGCAUGCUGGGGCAUGGCCGGACGGGCACCAUGCUGGCCUGCUACCUGGUGAAGGCACAGAAGAUGAAUGGCAGCGACGCCAUCCGGGAGAUCCGGCGACUGCGACCUGGCUCCAUCGAGACGCGGGAGCAGGAGCAAGCCGUGAUCCAGUUCUACCAGCACAUUCGCACUGAAGAGGACAGCAAGGUGUGAGCAUGACCAUCUCUCUCCCUGGGGGCAGCAUGGAUGAGGUGGUCGUUGAUGGAGAUGGUUGCUCAGAAAUGGUGGGGGGCCUUUCCCAGCCCUGAGGUGCUGCCAUCUGUCCCCUCUCGCAUUAAACAACUCUCCUGUGGCUUCUCUCUA